CUUCCUCGCACAUGAUCCUGUCAAUAACAAAGAAAAUCUUAUAAUAUUUAUAUAAAUUAUGAAUAUAUUUAAAUAAUUGAGUUCAGUUUUAUCUACAAAUUUAAGAUUUUAGCUAAUAUUUGUUGGGUUAAAAAAUGGUAUGAAAUAACCUCAGUAAAAAAAGCAAAAAUAUGUUUUUCCUUUCGGCGUGAUCAAUUCUUCUCAAGUAAGGUCGAGGAACAUGGCAUGUGAUGGAAAUACGACAGGGAGAGAAAAGUGGCACUGAACGGUGGACGACUCGCUUUUAAAAAAGCGAUGUCGAGAAAAUUUCGUCGAGGUUCACCACGUCUACCUCAUCUUCUCCUUCGUCGUCUUUUUGGCCUUCUCUGUUCAGCACAAGCGAGUCUAAGGUCGUGAGGUCAAAAGAAACUAUACACAAUAUUGUCGAUUCUGAAAACGACCGUCAAGUUCCUAUUCUGAUGUUGUGGUGGGUCAUCACCCAGUUUAUAAGUCGAUAAAACGCAUCCUUGAACCACCGAAGAAAAAGACAGUGAGAACCCUUUGAGGGCCACUGACCUGCAAAAGAAAACAAGUUUUUUUUUUUUAAUUCUCUCUUCUUUUUUUGAUAAACGAAGAAUUAUUAUUUUCUGGAAAGUGAAGUGCCUGAGAGCUCAAGAGCUCCGAAAGCGCGAUCAAAGUGAAGUGUCCGGGGUUGAGUGAAAUGGCAUUCAUGAUGAAAAAGAAGAAAUAUAAAUUUUCCGUGGAAAUUGUUCUCGAGGAGCUGACUGCUGUGCCUUUCGUCAGUGCUGUACUCUUUGCCAAACUUCGACUACUGGAUGGCUCCUUCACCGACAAUUCCACAAGAAUGGAAGUGCAGGACCACACUGUUAGGUGGAAUGCAAAAUUUGACUUCCUUUGUAAAAUGAGUGCCAAUGCAUCUACUGGAGUCUUAGACCCCUGUAAUCUAAGGAUAUCAGUUAGAAAGGAAUUGAAGGGAGGCAGGUCCUACCAAAAACUCGGUUUCUGCGACUUAAAUCUUGCCGAAUUCGCUGGAGCUGGUCUCUGUCGAAGAAGGUGUCUUUUGGAGGGUUAUGACGCGAGGCAUCGUCAGGAUAAUUCUAUGCUGCGAGUCUCUAUAAAAAUGAACAUGGUUUCAGGAGAUAUUCUCUUUAAAGUACCUUCGCCAUCGUUGAAACAAACACAAUUGGCAGUUCCGGGUGCUCCUGGAAUUCCUGGAGUGACUGCUGACGAAGUUAGUUCAACUGACAGAUGUAGUAAUCGAGAGGAUUACGUUUCCACUGGUUCUUUAGCAGGUAGUAUAGCCAGUGCCAGCAGCGGAUUCGGCAGUCUUCCUAAGAAGAGGCCGGCACUCUUCUCUUCAGAAUUACUAAGCGGGACGGAGUUGUACGAUCCAAUGACAUUGAGCGAGGUAAUUCCUUCAGUUCUUCCAGUAGAUGCUUCAACGGAAACACAAGCAGAAUCUGGACACUCGAGAAAUAGCAGUAACACGAGUCAGCUCAGCAAAGGAUCCGGCUAUGGAUCCUUAAAUUCUCAUAGCCAGCACAGUAGACAAAGUAGUAGUGGUGAUAGUGGUCAUAUUAGGUCACCUUCUUGGCCGGUUUGGGCUCCACGCCUCCCGACCCUCUCCCAAAUUCAAAGUUACGAAGCCAGCAAUGUCGAGUCUUCUCUUCCUAAUAAUGAUCCUAUAUCACCAAUGCCCAUGUCCUUAGCAAUAAUGGAUUCACCAACGACAAAUCAGUUUUGGCCCACGUCGAGUCCCCUUUCUUCCAAGAAGCAAGGCGACCGUUAUAAUAAUCAACAAAAUCGUUCAUAUAAAAUAAAGACAUUAAUUCUCGCGAAUUAUGAAAAAAGUAAAUUGCAAUCAUCAUCAUCAUCAUCAUCGUCAUCAGUAAAAAAUGGUAUCGCAAUAAUUAAUAAUAAUUUAACGAGUAACAAUAAUUCUGGUGGAAUUUUUAAAAUGCCAUCAGCACAAAAUGUUCCGUCGCGAAAAAAUAAUUUCGAUUCACAAAAUGAAUAUAGUAAUAAUAAAAAUGGAGUUAAAGUGGGACCAAAGCCAAAAAUUAGUCAACCAAGUUGGCGAGGCUUUUCAAAAACUUGUGAUUUUAUUGAAAAAGGAAAAACGAGUCCUGUUUUACGUUUGGCUGAACAGGCCAGAGCUGUUUCCUCUCCUGAUCCACUUCAUAGACCCGAUAAUCCUAGAGCCUCGACAUUAUCUACGGCCACAACUCAGACCUUCAGGGGCGGAGGUCACCGGAAGUUACUGGACGGAGCGGGGGGCAAGUUAGCCACGGUAGCCACCAGUCCAGACUCCGAAGAGUCUUCAACUUUAGCAGUACCAGAAGUCGCGAUUGUCAAUGCGCAACAACGAAACAGCAUUACCCCACCGAAUCCUUCAGGUGGUUCAGGUCUUAGUGAAACUGGGUCUUUGGACCGAGCAAAAGCGGCGCUCGAGCGUCGAAAAAAGGCUGAAGAUGGUACGGGAAAUUCCAUCUUAUGUAGGGUUGAGGUAACGAGACCUAAUCCCGAUUCAUUAAUAGAUGAAUUGCUGAAAGCAACGAAUCUUGAACAAUCGUCAUUGGAGAGUAAAGAAACAUCGGGAUUGCAAUUAUUUGUAACUAAGGACGGACGAACAGCGUUGGGAACACAUGAAGUUAAAAAUCAAAUGCCAGGAGGCUUUAAGCAGGUGGUCAUGGAAGAAAACAACAGGUAACACGAAGUUACGAUGUCACGUCGACAUUAUCCAAGACAAACCUCAUCUGCGUUCUCAUUAGCGCUUGUACCAGAGCUCGUUUACGAAGCUUGCGAGCCUCGGUAGUAUAAAAAAAAAAUAAGAGAACGUUGCACUAAAAAUAAAAGCUAAAAGAAAAUUCAUUAAGACUUCGACUCGAAUGACGCCACUUGUUACAUAUUUUAGAUUAGCCCAUACGGUGUUUAGCUUUUUUUCAAACCAACCUCACUUUUUGCUUUUCAUAUUUAAAAAAAAAAAAUUGCAUUUAUUCUCUUUUUUUCACAAACAAAAUCUCAGUGUCAGAAAUUAUGGACCAUAAACAGUAUUUAAAUAAUGUGUUCAGUUAAAUUCAAAUUUUGAAUUUAACAAAUAUAUAAUUAACUUGAAUAUUUAAAUUUUUUUGUUUGAAUUUAAUAAAUUAAUUUUAUAGUGUGAUUUAAAAAAAAAUAGCUACGAUUUUGAGAAGUGAGGUUUAGUUUCAAAAAUUUCACAACGAAGCUUCAUCGAUGCAACUUAAGAAAAAGGCUCGUAAUUUAGAAAAAAAAAAACAAACCUUAACAAAAUGGCGUAUAGAGUCAAAAAGUCAGUUUUUUGUUAUAAGUCAAAAACAUUUUAUAAAAUGGGUUCAAGGAAAUCAUGUAAAUACAAAAGAUAAAAGCAGAACUGCUUUUUUUAGUUAGAGAAAGAAAAAAAAAAGAAAAUCCCAUGACGUGAGAGACACACGCAUAUAUAGAUAUAUAUAACUAUUUUCUUCCGCGAAAUCGAAGCACAAGAAUUUUCGUUGUUGUGCUUCAAAUAAUGGAGCAUUAGUCAAUAAAAAAAAAAAUAGUCGAGAUAAUUAAAAAAAAAACUUAACGAGAGAUGAUUAGUUAUUGAAAAGAAAAUUAACGAAUCACGACCGUGGUCGAAUAAAUAAAACGUUAACUUAUGUCGAUGCUGCAAAUGCACCAACAUUUUUUUUCACUGAAAAAUUAUUUUUAAACAAUUUUAAUUCUCGAAAUAUUUUCUAUUUUUAAUUCAUUUCUAAAAUUUUUCUAUUGUUUUUUUUUACUAACUCUUUUUAAAAUUACUUUAUUACUUUAUUUUCUCAAAUUUUUCUCUUCUCUCAAUUUUAUUUUUUUGAGUCUAAACUUCCAAAAACUUUACAAACCAACUUUGAUUCCAUUGCGGUUUUACAUGCUCAAAUCGUAAUAUUUCAAAGAACCGCGGAAUAAUCGUCUGAUUUUUUUUUUGUUUUUGCAAAAUAAGCACACAAAAUCGAAUGAAAUAAUUUUCAAAAUAGGAUAAGAAGUGCCAAUUGAAGAUAAAAAAAGGGAAUCUAUUAUAAAUUUUUUUUUUUUUAAUGACGAGGAGACAAAAGUUUUCAAAAAUAUUUCAGGACGCAAAAAGAAUUGUUUUUUUCUUGAAAAUAGAAUAUUUGACAAUUUUUUUCUUAAAUAUUAAACAAAAAUAAAUUAUUUAAAAAUAUAAUACAUAAUUAUUCUGAAAAUAAAUAUACAAUUUACGGUUAAUUGUGAAAAUAAAAUAGAUUCUUUUUAUGAAAGUUGCAUUGGUAGAAAAGUAAAAAAAAAAAUAAAUAAAUAAAACAUUCGAUUUAAUCGAGUUUUCCAUAAAACUGGGGAUUUUUAGUUGGUGCAACCGACUGUUUAAUAUAGCAGUUUGUAAAUAUAGUGUAGUAACUGUUAUGUAGUUAAGUGGCUGGUGUUAUAAGGUUAAUUUAUGUACCAGUACCUAAUUGAAGAAAAAUAGAAAGUAAUUUAAUUUUAUUUGUUACAAAAUUUACAAUGAUUCUUUUCAGGAAUGUAAAAAUUUAAUUUUUUUUAACACUUAAUUUACAAAAAAAAAAGAAAUGUUCUUUACAGUAUUAAAUCACUAAAUUAAGUGAUUUACCGAAAAUUCGAUAAACUCAAGUAAAAGAGUAAAAAACAAAAUUGAGAAAAAAAAACUAAUAUUCAAUUUGGAAUAAUUAUGAUUAGAAUAAUCGGAAUAAUUACGUUAUUAAUUAGAAUAAUUAAUUGGAUACAAUUACAUUUUUAAUUAGAAUAAUUGAAAUUUUAUUAUUAAUUAGGCUAAUUGAAUUUAUAAUUACAAAGAAAAUUCAUUAAAAUAUUCAGAGUUAUUUAAUUAAAAAUCUUAGAAUAAUUAGAAUUAAAAAUUACCAAUUUAAUUUCUAAUCCAGAAAAUUUGGAAUAAAUUUUUUUCCCCCUCUGUUGAAGAUUUAUUUAAAAAAAAAAAUUUUUUUUAAAUUUGCCAGUUUGAAAAUAAGUCCAAGACUUUUUUUUUGUUAAUUAACUAAAGAAAUUUAUACGGAAAUCAGGUAUUAUAUCUUAAUCAGGUACUGGGACGUUUACCUUAUAUAUUUUCUUCGUACUUGCAAAAUUGUAUUGCUGUGUUGGUAUGAUAUUUUAAAAAAAAGGAAAAAAAAGUGGUCGAGAGAGAUAAUGUGUUAAUAAAAGUGAUACCUCGCGAAAAUUGUUAUCAAAAAUGAGUGUCGAUCGGACGCGGCUACUUCCAGAGUCUCAGGAUUUAUAAAAUUCCCAAAAUAAAAUAAAAUUUCUUUUUAAAUUUUUGACUGAAUUUUUAAUUUUAUAAAUUUUAAUUCUGAUUAUAAAUCUGUUUAACUGUUUAUAAUUAUUAAAAAUAUUAAACUUUUUGUAAUUUUUAAAAAUAAUGAUAAUAAUUUAAUGAAAUAUGACUGAUUAAUUCAAAUGAGUUUUUAUAACGAAAAUGCAAAUGGAGAUUUGAAAAAAAAAUCUUUCUAAAGCGACGAAAAUUUAUUUCAUAAUUUUAAAUGUAUGAAAUUUAUUUUUAAAAUAACUUUUCGAAUUUUUGCAAAAAAAAAAAGUUUCUUUUAAUAUUUUCUUUUUUAUAUUUAUGAAUUCUUGAGUCUCUACUAUUGUUCAUGCCAAAUCCGAUUUUGUGAGUGAUACAAAUUAUUUUUUCAAUAGUCGUGAGUUUCUUAUUUAUAUUUAUGCCGAGAGAAAGAGAGAAUGUUUACUAUUGUCCAUACUAGUGUGUUAAUUGCGCAAUUUGCGUGACAAUUUUAUUUAUUUUAGGUGAGAAUAGUGCGCGCAGGGAACAUGGAACGAUUCCUCUUUUUGUACAUUAUACAUACAUACACAUAUAUGAAAGUAAACAGAAUAAUGAGAGUUAAAAUAUAUUCCUUUUUGUACGCUAUAAGAUCUGAACAACACUUUGAUAAAGAAACGUAUAUAUUUAUUAUUAUUAUUAUUAUUCUAUGAUGUUUAUACGAACACCAAAUUGUUUAAAUAUUGAGCGCCAAGCAAAAAAAAAAAAAAAACCCCAUAAAAUUUUCUAGCAAUUAUUUAUUUUUUUUAUGAAAAUAAUAUUAAUUAUGAAUAUUAAUUUUUUUUAUCGCUGUUAAUGAUGACGUUUGUAAAUUAUGGAAUGAAAGAUGAACAUUUUAUUACGCACCUUUUUUUCAAGUAGUAUACAAAAAAUUAUUUUUUACUGUCAAUUUUUAAGAUAUCGGAAUGAAUUUUAUGCGGGCUUUAUUUGUGCGCUCAAUUAUUAACUCGAAUUAUUUCAAAUUUAAAUUUGAUCCUUUUUUUUUAAUGAAUUCUUUGAAGUUUUUCCAUUUAAAAAAUAUAAUUAAAUAAUUCAUUUAUUAAAUUUUAUUUUUCUUUUAAAUCUAAAUCUAAAUAAAUUGUUUUUGAAUUUUAAUUUAGAAGGUUUUUUUUUUUUUUUAAGAAGUGAAUGGCGUUUCUUUCUCAUUGUUGCUUUCUGAUGAUAGUCUUUUGUUACAAUUUUUUGAGACAAGAGACAAUUGAAGAUAUUAUUGUUGUGAUAUUUUACAAUGCUGUAAUAAUACCAGUUAUUACCUGUAUUAUCAAAUGUAUUGUAUUUACUUUUACUUAGAACGUGUGCCCAAAAAAAAGUAUUGUACGUACAUGUUCGGGCUGAUUUCUAUAAUUUACUGUUGUUGACUAUUCGUUUUAUCUAUUAUGUAAAAAAAAACAUCGCAAACUUCCAUGUGCUGAUAAAAAAAUGAAAAAAAAAAAUAUCAUGAAAAUCAAAUGAAA